AUGAUAGUUCUUAUAUAUGUAGAUGAUCUGUUAUUAACAGGAAAUGAUCAAGCAAUGAUUCAGCAAACUAAGGAGAGGUUACAACAAGCUUUCAAGAUCAAGGAUUUGGGAGAACUAAGAUACUUUCUUGGGCUGGAAUUUGCUAGAAAUAAUGCUGGAAUUCUAAUACAUCAAAGGAAGUAUGCUUUAGAGCUCAUAUCAGACAUGGGGUUGGCAGGUGCCAAACCAGUCUCAACUCCAAUGGAAUUGAAUCAAAAACUUACUACAGUUGAAUUUGAUGCUAGUAUUUCAUCUAGAUGUCCUGAUGAAACAUUAAAAGAUCCUACAGGAUAUCAAAGGUUAAUUGGGAGGUUGUUGUAUCUCACAACUACUAGACCUGAUAUAUCAUUUGUUGUACAGUGCUUAAGUCAAUUUAUGCACUCUCCAAAGACUUCACAUAUGGAGGCUGCAAUGAGACUAGUUAGAUAUGUGAAAUCAGAACCAGGACUUGGUAUUUUGAUGGCAUCAACAGGGGGAAAUGAUUUGCAGGUUUUUUGUGAUGCUGAUUGGGGUGCAUACAUUAAUAGUAGAAGAUCAAUUACAGGAUACUUGGUACAAUAUGGAGGUUCACCUAUAUCUUGGAAAUCUAAGAAACAAGUGACAGUGUCUAGAAGUUCAGUAGAGGCAGAAUAUAGAGCAAUGGCAUCUACAGUUGCUGAAAUUUUUUGGAUUGUUGGUUUGUUUGAUGAACUUGGAAUCAAGAUUAAUCUUCAUGUGCCAUUGUAUUCAGACAGUACUUCUGCGAUUCAAAUAGCAUCUAAUCCAGUGUUCCAUGAGAGAACAAAACACAUAGAUAUAGACUGCCAUUUCGUGAGGGAAAAGAUACAAGAAGGAUUGGUUAGUACAACACAUUUGACAUCAUCUGAACAGCCUGCAGACAUAUUCACUAAGGCACUUGGACGAGAUUCUCAUAUACAUCUUGUAUCCAAGCUAGGAAUGAAGAACAUCUUCAUAGUUCCUAGCUUGAGGGAGGGUGUAAAAGAGUUAAACAACUGCAUUGAUGUACAUUGA